CAUUGAGUGAAGGGUUGGGCAAAGAGUGUGUUGUUGUGGUUGGACUCGAGUGACAGUGUCUGAAGAGGACACCAAUUGACUCAUUGUUUACUUAAUUAGUGCCAAAUCGCGACCACCGAAGACAAUGAGGCCAUUAGUUCCGUCUCAACAGAAAUUGGCUGAAAAGCUGACAGUUCUUAACGACAGAGGAAUAGGAAUGUUGACCAGGAUUUACAACAUUAAGAAGGCUUGUGGUGACUCCAAGUCGAAGCCAUCGUUUCUGUCGGACAAGACACUGGAGUCGGCCAUAAAACAUGUGAUCCGCCGGUUCCCCAACACCGACAUCAGAGGCAAUAGUAGCCAAUUGGGAGCCGUCUUCAACAUAAGACAAGACAUAAUGAAGUCUUUGUCGUUAUAUUAUUAUACUUUCGUCGACCUCUUGGACUUCAAAGACCACGUGAGCGAACUGCUGACAACUAUGGACGCGUGUCAGCUACAGCUGGACAUCGAAUUCAACUUCGAUAUGACGAAAGCAUAUUUGGAUCUAAUCGUGACAUAUGUCUCACUAAUGAUUCUGUUGUCUCGAGUCGAAGACCGGAAGGCAGUGUUGGGUCUCUUCAAUACGGCUCAUGAGAUGAUUCAUCAGCACUCGGACAACAGUUUCCCGCGUUUGGGACAAUUGAUUGUCGACUACGACCCGCCACUCAAGAAGUUGUCCGAAGAGUUCAUUCCUCACUCGAAGCUCUUGUGUCAGGCGCUCACAUCACUUCAUAAGGUGUUUCCGAUGCGUAACCUUCCGGCAGAUGAGUGGCGUAAGUGUCAGUUACUGAGUCUUGUGGCCAAUCCCUCGCAAAUGCUGAAUCCGGCGCAGACCGACAUAAUUCAGUGCGAAUACCUGUCCAUCGAUACUAUGGAGCGAUAUAUUAUAUACGGCUUCCUAUUGAUUCACCAGUACUUGAAUCAAGCAAUAACUCAGGAUCUGUUCACAAAAGCUCUGCACUGCGGAUGGGUUACCACUCUGUUCAGGGAUGAAGUACUCCAUACGCACGCAUUCAUUCAGCAAUACUUUGAAUCACAUAAGGGUUACAACAAAAGAGUCUCUGAAGUGAAAGACGCCUACAAUUGGGUUCUUCAGCACAGCGGACACAUUCAUAGAGAGCGGCGAAAAUUUUUGCGAACAGCGCUUAAAGAGUUGGGUCUCAUUCUGACGGACCAACCGGGACUGUUAGGUCCCAAAGCAUUGCUCGUAUUCAUGGGACUGUCAUUCGCGAGGGAUGAGGUUUACUGGCUUUUAAGACAUUGCGAUAAUCCUCCCGUCAGACAAGGAAAAGCCAAAUCACAAUCCGAUGAUCUGAUUGAUAGACAACUUCCGGAACUGCUCUUCCAUAUGGAGGAGUUGAGAGCUUUAGUGAGAAAAUAUAAUCAAGUGAUACAACGAUAUUAUGUCCAAUACCUCACCGGUUAUGACGCCAUAGCUCUCAACCAAAUCAUGCAAAACGUCUCAAUGAUGCCCGAAGAGGACUCUAUAAUCUUAGAGUCUGCCCAUCAGGUUAUCUCCAACCUGUCCGUCAAACAGGUCGAGAACAACGAACUCUUUGACUUCAGAGGCUUAAGACUCGAUUGGUUUAGACUUCAGGCCUAUUGCAGUGUCAAUCGAUAUCCAAUGCAUUUGUUUGAACACAAAGAUUUAGCCGUUUUGUUGAAUACUAUUAUAUUUCACACCCGAAUGGUUGACGAUUUGGACCAAAUUAUUACCGAAACCUCCGAUGUAUCUCUUUUCUGCUUUUUCAGUAAACUAUUUGACGAUCAGUUCCACAUGUGUUUGGAAUUCCCGGCGCAGACCCGAUAUAUCGUUGCAUUCCCUCUCAUAUGCAGUCACUUCAUGAACUGUACGCACGAGCUCUGCCCCGAAGAGCGCCAUCAUAUCGGUGACCGAUCCCUAACAAUGGUUAACGGAUUUCUGGAUGAGAUGUCUAAAGAGGCAAAGAAUAUAAUCACAACUAUUUGUGACGAACAGUGUCUCCUAUCAGAUAAGUUGUUGCCCAAACAUGUGGUCCCAUAUUUGGCACAAUUGUUGACCAAAAAGAAGAGCAAUAAGAAGAGAGAUAAAGUACUCCAAGAAGAGGACAAACCCGGGUCUGAGAGCUAUCGCAGGAGUAGAGAGGAGUUGACAACUAUGGAUAAACUGCAUAUGGCUUUGACUGAACUGUGUUUUGCAAUCAACUAUUGCGGAACAAUCCUUGUGUGGGACCACACAUUCGCUCCGCGAGAAUAUUUGACACAACACUUGGAAACGCGAUUUAAUAAAGCAUUGGUGGGAAUGGUUAUGUAUAACCCGGAGACUAAUGAAAUCGCCAAGCCUUCCGAACUGUUAGUGUCGGUGCGAUCCUAUAUGAAUGUAUUGCAAAGCAUCGAAAACUACGUACAUAUCGACAUCACCCGUGUAUUCAAUAAUGUUUUACUACAACAAACUCAGCCACAGGACAGUCAUGGAGACAAAACCAUUACCACUCUCUAUACGAACUGGUAUUUAGAAGUACUGUUGCGAAGAGUAAGCGCCGGACAUAUCUGUUAUUCGCCGAUUCAAAAGGCAUUCGUCACUCUUAUGAUCGACGGACAGAUCCCCUUCUGUGCCGAAGAGUUCUCUGAUAUCAAUGAACUUCGAAGUUUGGCUGAACUGAUCGGACCCUAUGGUAUGAAAUAUCUGAAUGAGAGCCUUAUGUGGCACAUCGCCAGCCAAGUGACCGAACUUAAGAAAUUGGUUGUACUAAACAAAGAUGUAUUGGUAGGCCUGCGCUCUAAUUAUGAUAAACCAGAACAGAUGAAAGAGUUAUUUAGAAGACUGCAAAAUGUUGAUAGUGUUCUGCAAAGAAUGUCAAUCAUUGGAGUGAUUAUUUGCUUCCGAAGUCUGGCUCAGGACGCACUCAAUGAUUGUCUGUCAGAACGGAUACCAUUCCUCUUAAGUUCUAUCGUUGACUUCAAACAUCAUGUCAUGAAUGGAGACUCAAUGAUCGUGAGUGAGAUGGCGAGUGCGACCGGUCUUCCCUGUAAAGUAGAUCCAGCGCUAGUGAGUGCCCUUCGCUCUCAGAAAUGCGAGUUGGGUGAAGACGAGUACCAAAUGGCAUGUCUUCUAAUGGUGUUCAUCGCUGUAUCGCUUCCAAAGUUGGCUCGAAAUGAGUCCUCAUAUUACAAGCCGUCACUCGAAGCGCACGCCAAUAACGUUCACUGUUUGGCGCACGCCAUCAACGGCAUCGCCGGCGCCCUCUUCACCAUCUGUGGGGUCAACGACAUCGAGGAACGGCUGAAGGAGUUCUUAGCGCUGGCGUCGUCCAGUCUGUUGCGCUUAGGACACGAACCCGACAAAGAAAUGGUGAGAAAUCGAGAAUCCAUUUACCUGUUGCUCGAUAUGAUAGUACAGGAAAGUCCGUUCCUCACUAUGGAUCUGUUGGAGUCGUGCUUUCCGUACGCUUUACUCCGCAACGCAUACCACGCCGUCUAUAAGUCUGACGGCUCGGCGCUCGUCAUCUAAUCUUAUAUUUUAUACCACUUUUUAAUAUAAUUUGUAAAU